GUUACAUUUUCUGUUUUGUGACCUUGAUUGCUAAGAGGAAAUGACAGUUUAGUUGAAAAACCGUGCAUGAUUUAAUACUCUCUUCAUUUCUCUAGUUUACAGAAUACACUGGUGCAAGAAUUAGGGCUUCGAGGUAUUUUUUUUUGUUAUGGUAGAUAUAUGUAAUGUUGUAUAGAAGUGCUCUAUAUAUACAAAGAUAUACAAAUAAUUUUUUAAACAUUUUACCUUUUCAAAACAAUGUAAGAAUUAUACCAAAACAAAAAAAUAUUUAAUGCAUAGUCCAAUGUAGGACAAUCGUGGUCAUAUACAGAAGGAUUGCAGAGGUUUAGGGCUGUAUGGAUGUUGAGGCAGCGUCAUACGGUAGGCAGCAAUUUAGUUAUUUAAGUUUACAAGUUGUAUGGGUGCACGGAGUCAAAAAAAAAAGUUUUCCAACGCAGUGAAAAAGAGCAAGGGCAGCACUUUCUGCCCGCUGUCCGACCAGCGCUGUGCACUUUUCGUACCUCUAACCACAGCGCAACACUCUUUGACUUUCAGACGAUACACCUUCAAUUUAGUGGAAUGUAGGAGAUUGUGAAAGAUCUGAGUUAUUGUGCUAAUCCAAAUUAGGGCAGAAUAACACAACUGAGAGAUUUGUUGACCACCGCUCUUAAAGGACAGCCAAGGCAUAACAGGGAGAGGAAUACACGUCCGUCAUAUUCAUUUCGCACCGAAGUAGCCCUAACACCAUCGCAUCCUCCAUUCCGCUGCUGAGGUGCAGCCUCUCUGCGUUUCUGACAGCCGGUGACCCUGACUGACACUCACGCACGCUCAGUAUGAUAGACCCAGCCUCUGAGCUGCCCUUCUACUAUGGCAGCAUCAGCCGCGCCGAGGCAGAGGAACAGCUGAAGCUGGCUGGGAUGUCGGACGGGCUCUUCUUGCUGCGACAGUGCCUGCGCAGCCUGGGCGGCUAUGUGCUGUCCAUCGUGUGGAACCUGCAGUUCUAUCACUACUCGGUGGAGAAGCAGCUCAACGGCACCUAUUGCAUCUCAGGCGGCAAGGCGCACUGCGGCCCAGCCGAACUCUGCGAGUACUACAGCAAGGACGCAGACGGGCUGGUGUGCAGCCUGCGCAAGCCGUGCCUGCGCAGCUCCGACACGCCCAUCCGCCUGGGCGUCUUCGACAGCCUGAGGGACAACAUGAUGCGCGAGUAUGUGCGACAUACCUGGAACCUGGAGGGCGAGGCCAUGGAGCAGGCCAUCAUCAGCCAGGCCCCCCAGCUCGAGAAGCUGAUCGCCACCACUGCUCAUGAGAAGAUGCCUUGGUACCACGGCAAGAUCAGUCGCAUGGAGGGGGAGCGUCGCCUUUACUCCGGGGUGCAGCCCGACGGAAAAUUCUUAGUGAGAGAGAGGGAAGAAUCUGGGACCUUCGCCCUUUCGAUCAUGUAUGGCAAAACCGUCUAUCAUUACCAGAUUCUGUUGGACAAGUCAGGGAAGUACUCUAUGCCAGAGGGAACCAAGUUUGAUACUGUGUGGCAGCUGGUGGAGUAUCUCAAGCUGAAGCUGGACGGUGUCGUGACGAUUCUGCGGGAGCCCUGCAUAAGCCCCAACUGCACCGACGUUCCCGUUUUACCCACCGCGAGACGGCUUCGUCCUAAUGGAUACACGCCGGCACCUGGAAUCCCCGCCGCUGCUGCUCCUAUCGACCGGCGUCAGAUGCCGAUGGACACCAGCGUGUAUGAGAGUCCCUACAGUGACCCCGAGGCUCUGAAGGAGAAGAAGCUGUUCCUCAAGAGGGACCAGCUGAUGAUCGACGAGGUGGAGCUGGGGUCUGGCAACUUUGGCUGCGUCAAGAAAGGCGUGUAUAAGAUGAAAAAGAAGCAAAUCGACGUAGCUAUCAAGGUGCUAAAGAACGAGAAUGACAAGUCGGUGAAGGACGAGUUGAUGAAGGAGGCAGAAAUCAUGCACCAGCUGGACAACCCUUACAUUGUUCGCAUGAUUGGGCUCUGUGAGGCAGAGAAUCUCAUGCUGGUGAUGGAAAUGGCACCAGCUGGGCCUCUCAACAAGUUCCUGUCCACAAAGAAAGAGCAAGUCAACGUCGAGAACGUGGUGGAGCUAAUGCACCAGGUCUCCUUGGGCAUGUUGUAUUUGGAAGAAAACAACUUUGUGCACAGGGACCUGGCUGCACGUAACGUUCUGCUGGUGAACCAGCAUUAUGCCAAGAUCAGCGACUUCGGCCUCUCCAAGGCCAUAGGAGCCAACGACAGCUAUUACAAGGCUCGCACGGCAGGGAAGUGGCCGCUGAAGUGGUACGCCCCAGAGUGCAUCAACUUCCACAAGUUCUCCAGCAAGAGUGAUGUCUGGAGUUUCGGCAUCACCAUGUGGGAAGCCUUCUCUUAUGGGGGGAAACCUUACAAGAAAAUGAAGGGUCCUGAGGUCAUCAGUUUCAUAGAGAGUGGAAGUCGCAUGGAUUGUCCCACUGGGUGUCCAGACGUGAUGUAUACUCUGAUGCUAGACUGCUGGACAUACAAGCAUGAAGAGAGGCCCGGUUUUGUCAAGGUCGAGGAACGCAUGCGGACAUACUACUACUCCAUAUCCAAAAAGACCACUGCAAGCGAGGCAGGAGCUUCUGCUGAAGCAGCGGCACCAUAGACCAGGGCGGCUUUUGGUGACACAGCCUGUCCACCGAUUACGCAGCUUGAUGCUAUGAUUAGCCUGUCCCUCAGCUGUAAUGUGUGCUGUGUAAAACUGCAGCAUUGGCUAGACCAACGAACGCUGUGUUUAUUGAACAGAAGGCUUGUGCAUUCAAUGAAAGUUCUAUUUGUUUUGUCCGUACUUAUUAUGGGAUGGUAAAGGUGACUUGGUUAGGCAUUGAGUAAGGUUAAGGAAAAAAAAUGUAUUGUGAACUGGUAAUCUCAGUGUUUCAAUGUUUCAAGCAGUUUUGCUAAGACCGACCCAACAGGAAAAUAGGUGUAAAUGAAACUUAUUAACAGUUCAAAUACUUCUUUUGCACAAAAUCUCAGUAAAAUUAUUACCUAUUAACUUACAACUGUUGUAACAGCGACAUCUGCUGGUAGAUAAUGAGGAAUUGCACCUUAGCAACAGGCAAACUAUACUGUACAGCAUUGCUCUUAGUGUCCAUUCAUAUUUGUAGGAUGAAUGUUGAUGAACGAAUCGAAUAUUUACUCUAUUAUGAAUGUGCAUUAUAGGUAUCUUAAGACAGGACCAAUAAUCUCCUGUAAGGGAUUAUCCGAAAUAAAACUUAGUCAUUAGUGUGCUGACAGCAUUGUUUAAGAAAGGUGUUUCUUUUUGGUAACAAAACUUUGACAAAUGUAGUCCAGAAUUCAUAAAUCGCUCUAAUGUUGCUAUUUUUUAUAUUUGAGCUGUUUCUACUUUAAUUGGAUGGGUACGUUUGCAUUUGUUUUCAAUUUUUUUUCUGUAUUGUUUGAUAACGUUUAAAUAAAAUGCUUUAAAUUUG